CCGGCACGUAGCGAUUUCGCCGAACUUCAGUCCGCGCUUGAUGUCUCACUUGAUAUUUCUUUUGACGAUCUGCAUAUUUAAAUCAUCCCUUUUCCUUGUUUUGCCCGUCCCCAUAUCUUUCAUACUUUUCUUUCUCUUUCUCUAUUUCCGUUACCUCCACUAUAAUCACUGACACAUUGAUUAUCUUAUCUCUCUCUCUCUCUCUCCAAUAAUGGCGAUUGCACUACCUAACGGCAACGAAGAAAGUCGACCCAUCCUCCCCAACAGGAACUAUAAUCUCAAUUUUGCAACGCCAAGCAUAUCCAAGGAAAUAUGGGUGCUCACCAAAACAUCUGUUCCUGUCAUCCUCGCGUAUAUGCUGCAAAACUCACUACAAACCGGAUGUGUGUUGAUCGUUGGACGUCUCGGUGCUGAAGAACUGGCCGCAUCUGCUUUUGCCUUCAUGUUUGCCAUGGUCACUGGAUGGGUCCUUGCCCUUGGAGGUUCUACGGCGCUCGACACGCUAUGUUCACAGUCUUGGACAGCCUCGGAUAAUCCACAUGAAGUCGGUGUUCUCUUACAGCGUGCCUAUCUCGUUCUCCUACUUUUGUUUGUACCUGUUGCUGCAUUGUGGUUUUUUGUCGAGCCUGUUUUGCUUUUCCUCGGCCAAGAAGUUGGAUUGAGUCAAAUGACGCAACUGUUUCUACGAUAUCUUACCGCAGGUGCGCCGGCCUAUAUCUGCUUUGAGGCUACCAAAAAGUACCUUCAGGCACAAGGGAUUAUGCACGCUGGUACAUAUGUGCUUUUGAUCUGCUCACCACUCAACAUGGGUCUCAACUACCUGUUUGUCUGGGAAUGGAACUAUGGAUUCAUUGGUGCGCCUAUUGCGACAUCGAUUAUUUACUGGCUCAUGUUUGGGCUGCUGGUUAGCUACAUUGUCUUCAUUGAUGGCUCUGCUGGAUGGGGUGGAUUCAGUCGUCGUGCAUUGCAAAACUGGGGUCCCUUCCUCAAGUUGGUGGGUCCCGGUAUUUUGAUGGUGGGCACCGAAUGGGUUGCAUUUGAGAUUGUUGCCCUGGCUGCCGGCCACCUCGGUACCACAUCAUUGGCAGCUCAAAGCGUUAUCAUGACAACCGACCAAGUCCUCAACACAAUUCCCUUUGGAAUCUCCAUAGCCACAAGCAACCGCGUUGGCAACCUACUGGGCAGUGCCUGGCCUGUGGGCGCCAAGUUCUCGGCCAACCUCAGUGCUAUGCUCGCGGCGACUAUUGGUAUGGUGAUUAUGGUGAUCAUGUUGUUUGCUCGAGAUUCGUUUGGUUAUCUUUUCUCGGACGAGGAAUCAGUGGUGGACCUUGUCAGUGACGUCUUGCCCUGGGUUGCAGCCUUUCAAAUUGCAGACGGUGUCGCGGGCUCGUGUGGCGGCUCGUUGCGUGGCAUGGGCAACCAGCACUUGGGCGCCAUUGUCAACUUGAUCAGCUACUAUGCUUUGGCAUUACCGUUGGGUAUCUAUCUCGCUUUCAAGCAUGAUUUUGGUCUGGCCGGUCUGUGGAUAGGCCAGUGCGUCGCUCUCUUCUUGGUAGGCGGCGUCGAAUGGCUCAUUAUCUUGCGCAUCAAUUGGAACCGUGAGGUUGACAAGUGCUUCGAGCGCGUACGAGCCGAGCGAAAGGAUGAAGAAGGCGAUGAAGAGUUGUAAUUAGACAGCAAUAUGUGUAGAUAGAUUCAAGACGUAGUAGACUGUACAUUUUUCUUUCAUUUUAGCAAUAAUUAGAUACAGCAGCAUUUACCAUUAAUUAUUUUAAAAGUUGACGGACUUUGCUGCCCCGCUCGUUUUC